AUGAAAUACAAAAAUAGGGUACGCAGCAGGAUAGCAAAUCUUAAGGACACUAAGAAUCCUAAUCUAAGGAAAAAUGUUUUAUGUGGGAAUAUACCUCCUGACAGGUUUGCUAAAAUGACAGCAGAGGUAAGUAGCUCAUUCUUUGAUUUUCAUGGUUAAGAUUUGAGUGUAAUUCCAUUCAACUAAAAGCUGGAUAUUUUGGAAACAAAAUACUUUGAUGUACUAAAAAUGUUAGCAGCAAACAGUGCUGUUUGAAUACAAAACCUUAGCUAUACAGUCUGCAUGUUGGGACUGAGUAGGCAAAGGAACGUUGUCUUUUAUGUGUGGCUUAUCUUCCGGAAAGCAUUAAUGUAAAAGUAUGUUUUUAGUUCUGUCCAAAUGGGUUAAAUCCUCCCUGAAGUAGUAAGAUCCACUAGCAACUACCUGUGUGCUGUCUGGAUUCACCUUAAAUCUGUCCCCCCAAUCCACCCUCCAACAGCAGCUAAGCACUUGCUCAGACGUACCAUGUCUCUUUAUGGAUUCUUUUAAAGAUGAAGAAUGAGGUUGGAUGCCAUCUGCAUAACAAUGGCACCAUUUCAAAAUUAUACACUAUCAGUCCUAGCAACUGCAUAUUGGUGCCCCCAAAACAUGGGAGCCAAAAUGGAAUCUUGUGAUCUUGGCAACAUAUAGAAUAAUUCUCAUGGAGCUGAGCACUCCAGAUGGGGCACAGGGAGCCAAAAUUGCCUCCCUCCUUUCUUAUGGCAGAUUCCUUCCAUCAGCAGACAGACACUGUUGGAUACCACACACUACACAAUAAGUAACCUUUAAUUUGUAUUUGAAAGUUGUAAGUACAAUAAAAAUAUUUUAAAGCCUAUUUCAUCAUCUCUCUGUGUACCCUUACCACAGGAGAUGGCAAGUGAUGAACUGAAAGAGAUGAGAAAAAAUCUUACCAAAGAAGCCAUAAGAGAGCAUCAAAUGGCUAAAACAGGAGGAACUCCGACCGAUCUCUUUACAUGUGGCAAAUGUAAAAAGAAGAAUUGUACUUACACCCAGGUAUGGCAACAUUUAGCCUUCAUAAACUUACCACAUUCACCAUCAACAGGACUUGCUUAUGAAAGAUUCCAUAUCUGAGCAGUGAAAGAUGUGCCGAUUGUGGUUAGACAGUGGAGGCUGUGUGUGUACUUGGGUAAAUAACAACAUGAGUGUAUGAUGGUCAAAGUUUGAAUGGACUUGAGAGCAUCCAUUUAUUUUUUUUGGAGUAACAGCAGUAAAUCUAAAUAUUUUGGUUGUAGCCAUAAAUAUAUAUGUGUUUACAGGUGGUACUUUACAAAUUAUUAUUUUUUUAGAUCUUAUUGAAAUAGUUAAAUAGUAGAAGCAGCUAAGGCUCCUCAUAAUCUGCUGUCAGGGUUUUUUUUGUUGUUUUUUGUUUUUGUAGAAAUGUGUGACUCAGAGUGUCUGUUUUCUGAUGAUUCAGUUUUACUGGAACUUGUUUACUUAAUUUAUUAAGUAUAAAUGGUCAAGAUAUUAUGGAUAUGUGGAGCUGCCUGGGCCUUGGAGUAUGAAGUGCUGUUCACAUUAAAAUGGAAUAUGAAUAGUAGAAUUCUUGGGGCUAGUUUGUGGGUGGGUAGCUGAAUACAUCAAGUAGCUGAGGGAAGUAGAAAUCAGUCAAGGUAAGCAAGAGGGUAUUAUUUUAGGUAGAGACGCUCACUGUGUAUUAGUUGCUCGCUAUGCGUUAGGCCUUUUCAUCUUCCCCUUACCACAUCAACCUCCUUUGCUGUCAAAAGCUGCUUGAAAAUUGUUGGUCCCUCUAAAACAAGAAUAGGACAUAUUGUGCAGAUGUUGUUGGGCUGCACUUCCUUUCAGCUCUCACCAUUGGCCAGACUUCCAUAAUUUUUUGCAUCAAUUUUUUGUUGAGUGCAUCUCCGGGGGUGAGGUCAAACCACGGCAUUAACAGCACCAAAGUGACCUCUCCGGGGCACAAGCUUGGGCAGUGUAUAUGGAGGUCCUGGGCUGUCCAGACAAGAAGACACCUCUUGCGGCCUCACUGAUCUGGUCCAAAGGAAGGCAGAGCAAUACGUUUGGCACCAGCUUGGCUGCAGGAGUUACCGGAAGGAGGCAUACUGGGUGCCAUCCAACCAUCUUAGAGACUCUACUCUAGAUUUGUGUAGGGUUUACUCCUUAGCCCUUUCUUCUCUUGAAGAUAUUGCAUGAGGCAGUGGAGGUUUAGGAUCAGAAUUUUCCUUCUCCUAGAUGGGCUACCUUUCCAGGAUGAUAGCACAUACCGAAACCAUCUUCUCGACCAUUGGACCCACUAUUGGUCUCCUCUGCUCAAUCUGCUGGAGCCUGUCUUGCAUGCAGGGGAAAUCCCGAACUCACCAAGGGUUUGAGACCCAUUGGCUACCCUCACCUGGUUUAGCCGGCCAGUCAAAGCCAUUCCCGAGAUGUGGCUACUGUUGCAUGCUGGCAGCUUUUAGGGGCCAAAGGUGAGAGCUGAGUGCAGGGUGGGGACCAAAGGUGGAGAAAGUGAUUCUUUUAGAGACGCUUAGUAUUUCUGAUAUUAAAUUUUAGGAGUGGAGUUUAUAUAUUCUGUAAAAACCCUCCUUGUCCUACUACCACCACAGCAAUCCCUCAGAUAUAUGCUGAUGAUGUGCAAGCACAGCCAGUUGGACUGACACAGCACCCAAGGCUAGAGAUGUAAAAUUUCUGGAAAUUUUGAAGCCAUGGGGGGGGGGAACGUUUCCCCCCGUUUUUUUUCCUGGAAAAAAUAGAAAUUUUUAGAAAAAUUGGAAAAAAGUUCAGUGUGGAGUAGUUUUACAAACUGCGUGAAAUGCAGUGUAUAUAAAAGUAUUAUGCUUGCAAUAAAACAGGUAACCACCCCCCUUUUCCUCAAAAGCAACAACAACAACAAAAAGCAAGAAACCACCAACAUGAAAAAUAAUCACAUUUCCCUCUUAGCACUAACAGCAAAUAAAGUUAAGGUCCACCUCAGUAUUUACGUAAGCUCCAUAGAAGGUCUAGCCUUUGAGUAGUGCUUAAAAAAAAGAAAAGAAACAGAAAAUACAACAUAUACAUGCAGAUUAUUCUACUUCAUUUUCUGAACUACUGCUAUCGUUUUCCAUUUUUUCUUCCUCUUUUUGUCAUUUUUCUCAUGGACUUCUAAAAAACAGCUUGGGGAAGAAAAGGAAAAAAACCCUGUCCCGUCCCCCCCCCAAUUUUUCCAGGUUUUUCCCAGGCCUUCCCAUCUCUACUUGAGGACAGCCGAGGCAAAACAUAGGGCAAUUUUUUUGCAUGCAAGACCCAGAAGUAACCAGCAUCCAGUUACUGAAUAGUAUGUUGCACUGAGGCUCAAACUGUUUGAAAGGAAAAGGAGUGUGUGUGUGUUUUUAAUUGAAUUUGUUAUUAUAUAUUAUAAACUGCUUGAUGGUAAAAGAGCUUCUAAACAGUUUACAGAAAUAUACAACAGAACAUUAAAAUGAUUGAUAAAACACAGUUAAAAGCAGGUAUUUAAGAGUAUUCAAACGAUGAUGAAAGUCAGCAGUGGUUAAAAGGAAGUAAAUCGCAUGCAGCUUCUAUGUGUUCAGAUGGGCUGGCCCUAACAAAAAUGUUCUGAGCAGUUGCCGGAAAGAGUAUAGUGAGAACACCUGCCUGGUGUCAGUUGGCAGGGAGCUACAAAGUGUGAGGGCUGGAAGGCCUGGAAGAAAAACAGUAAAGUGGGGAGUGGGGGAGAUAGGUUUUUUCCCCAAAGCCGUUUUUUUCAGGAAAAAUGGGGGGGGGGGAGUGCGUGGAAUAUUCAAACUAUAGCAAACUAUUUUGUUCAUUUUUUUUCCGGAAAAAAACAGCUUUGGAAAAAAACGGAAAAAAAUGGUGUGUCCCCCCCCAAUUUUUCCAGGUUUUUUUUCAGGCCUUCCCAUCACUACCCAAGGCUGGGGUAUACUAUAGCAUACCGUUUUUGCUUCUUGUUCUUUCAGUGGCCCUUUAGCUCCUUACUCUUUCUCCACCCACAUUGGGGCAAAUAAGAUGUGUCACUCAAAAGGAGCUUCUGCAAGAAAACAGUGCCAUCUGCUUCCAGCUAUCAAAAGAUGAAUAGAGGGUGGGAAAUUAUAUAUUAGGGCACUGAGUAGAAGAAGAGAAUGACAAAUGGAGUGGGUGAGAAAAGAGACGGGCAAAGAAGUUGAAGAGGGAGAUUGUCCCUCUAUUCCACCCUCUUAGUCUUUACUCACAGGUAAAUAUUGGGUUAAAAAUGAGAAUUGGACUGUGGUCUUAAUGCACAUACAGAAAGUAAGCCGUAUUGAACAUAGUGAGUCUUGUUUCCAAAUAAAUAAGCAGAAGCAGUAAUGCAUAAACAAAUUGUGUAGCAUAAUAUUAGUCAGUUUAUGCUUGGAGUUCUUUUCUCCCCUUUUAGGUUCAAACUCGAAGUGCUGAUGAACCUAUGACAACAUUUGUUGUGUGUAAUGAAUGUGGAAACAGAUGGAAGGUAAAAAAAAGUCUUGUUUUGUUUAUGUAACAAUUUCUGUUAUAUUACCUGAUUUUUGAAAGAACUGUAUUUGUCUCAUUCUGGGUAUGUGUCUUUAUUUAUGAGCUAACAGUGUUGCAGCCUAGAUGUAAAAAGAGAGAGGCUUGAGAUGCCAAUCCAUUGCCCAGUCAUAUUGUCUCAGUGGCAUCACUGGCCUCUCUUGGAAAAGGGAUGCUGAAAUCUGUAAUAAAAUGGCCACCAGGUGGGGUAGGACUGUAGAAGGGGGCCUAUAUUAACCCAGAAAUCAUCCCAUGCCCUUUGCAACAUUGAAUUGCUUAUAUUAUUAUUAUUAUAAUAAUAAUAAUAAUAAUAAUAAUAAAAAUACAGAAUCAAACAUUAAAAACUUCCGCCUACCUCUGCUUGAGAGGUAAAGAGGCACUCAGGUAGAGAGAACAGCAGAAAGCUAGAAAUGACAGCCUGAUCUUAUACAGGUUUACUGAGAAGUCCCAUUGGUUUCAAUAGGACUUACUCUCAAGUUUGUUCACUCAGAAGUAAGUUGCACUGCUUUGGUGGGAUUUCAUAUGGAUUGGGAAGGAAUGUACACAUACCAUGUUUUAUGCUUUCACCCCACCCCCCUGUAUUUUUUACUAGCUUAACUUUUCAAGUGAGAAGUGACACACGCACCAUUUGAACAUCAGCACAAUCUGUAGGGUUUUUUUUCACAUAUAACACCCUAGCAAUUAGGGUUUUCAUGUACUUUCUGCUGAUCAGUGUUGACACUUUGGGGGUGGAAAUGGGUGAAUGAAAGUUCUGCUACUAUGCUUGUUAAGAAUGUGAACAAAAUGUAGGAUCUUGAUAUGCUUUCUCUCACUGGUCAUAUUAUAUGCAUAUAACUCAUAAAUAUUUCUUUUAUUUUGACAGUUCUGCUAG